AUGAAGGCCUUCUCAGUGAUUGUGUUUCUUGUCAUCGUAGCAUUUGUCAAUUGCUCCAAUAUUCCAAUUAAUGGAAAAAUUGUUGGAGGCCAAGAAGUAGACAUCACACAAUAUCCAUACGCAGUUUCUGUUCGAAAUUCGAAUGGCCAUAUUUGUGGAGGUUCGAUUAUAGCUGCUAACAAAAUUCUAACUGCUGCCCACUGUACUGAGGGACAGGAUUCUGCUUCCAUGACUAUUCGAUGUGGAUCGAGCAUCGCCGAUCAAGGAACUUCUCAUAAAGUCAUAAAAAUUGCUCAACAUCCUAAUUUCACUGAUGAAUAUAAUCAUAAUGAUGUUUCCGUUCUAACGAUUCGACCAAAAAUCACAUUUAACAGUAGAAGUCAACCAGCUAAAUUGGCUGAAAAGAGAGCACCCGAUGGUUCGGAUGUUGAAAUUUGUGGAUGGGGUGUACAUUAUUAUGGUGCUCCAACUGCAGGCGUAGGACAACAGAAAAUGAGAGCUGUAAAAUUGCAAGUUGUUAAUCAAGAAAUUUGCAACAAAGACUAUAAUACUACGGAAAUUUCGGACAAAUUGAUGUGUGCUGCUGCAAGGGGCAAAGACAGUUGUCAAGGUGAUUCUGGUGGAGCUUUAAUAAAUUCUAUAAAUCGACGUAUUGUGGGCAUUAGUUCAUUUGGAGAUGAAUGCGCUAAGCCAGGCAAACCAGGUGUUUAUACAUCGGUUCCAAAUGUGUUGAAAUUUAUCAGAGCACAGUUGUGAAUAAUGAAAAUGUGAAAAAAAGAGAGUGCUUAAGUUUAUUUAAGUGUGUGAAUAAAUUUUUGUUUAGAGUAUUUUAUGUAAUUGUUUUAGUAAUUAAAUAAACUAUGUGAA